AUGGUGGACGGGCUUGUUGUGAACGUUUCAGAGGUAUCCUUAAGAAAGUCGAGUGAACAAGAAUCUAAUAUUAACCUUUGUGAGAAACGUGAUGCAUAUCUUAUAAUCAGGCAGCUGGAAGCUCUUCGUGGCUGCAGUUAUUUUAUGUUGACCUUCAAAUCCGAGAUGGGUAUUAGGUGUAUUACGCUCAUGGGUUGGCCCAGAAUUUGCUUCCACCCGGGUUGA